AACCAGACAAUCCUUUGAUGAUUGCAGUUGUACGAAUUUUACAUCAUACUUUACCACAAUUCAUUAAAGCUUUCUCCCUUGGUUCUCAAAAUCCUCUUCAAAACAUUUCAACAAUUGAGCAAGUGCACCUUAAUGCAUUUGUGCAUCCAUGUCUGGAUAACACAUUAUGGAAUUUAGCAAAAGUACAUUAUGAAUAUGGGGAAAUCCCAUCUAAGAAUCACUAUAAUAAGAACCAUGCUGAUGGUGUUGAUUUUAUGACUGAUGCUGACAAAUUUCAGCUUGUAUGUGUCGAAGGGUCAAGGCUGGUAGUGAAACAAGAAAAGGAAAUUAUAGAUGUUAAAAAAAUUAUAAAUAAUUUGAAAAGCAUAUUUUCAAAAAUUAUAAAAGAAAUAGUUAAAGACAGAAGGUGUUUACCAAAAAAAUUAUUUGUAUUCGGUGGUCAGAGCUUUCGUUUACAGAUUUAUUUGUAUUAUCUUGAUUAUUGUGUUGAUAGUGCUAGUUUACCAUGGGAAUUUUCAGAAAUGCAAGAUUUUGUAUACUUUUAUGAAACUGUUGGUCAGGAAGUUAAAACAUCCUUCGAUGAAGCAAAAACUAAACCAAGACUCUCACAUUUUUCAUAU